AUCGAAACUUCCCCCUCGCGCCACUGCCCCGGGUAGAGCCCGCGCAUGCGCCCGAACGGCCCGAAGAUGGCGGUGGGAAUCGCCGCACUUUUUUUUCAAAUUCGCGGGUCCCAGAAAGCAUUGCGCGCAUUUGUAACGAAUUUCCGUUCGAGUUUGGAUUUUAGGCGCCAUUUUCGAGUGAAGGACCCGGAGCCGAAACACCGGUAGGAGCGAGGCGGGGGGCGGCCGUGGCACGGUUUGCAGCCCUGCUCGGAGUAGACCUGCCGACAGCCACCAUGCGGCGUAAGGGCACCAAGCCCUCCUCGGUCUGCCACCAGGAGGAAGGGCCGCCGCCCUCCCCGGACGGCGCCCACAGCAAUGGGGACCCGGAGCAGCCGGACGGCGGAGCGGACAGCGCUGCAGCAGCUGCAGAGACUCCAGGUGAGGAACUUGAUAACAGAAGUUUAGAAGAGAUUUUGAAUAGUAUUCCUCCACCCCCGCCUCCAGCAAUGGCCAGUGAAGCUGGAGCUCCUCGGCUAAUGAUAACUCAUAUUGUAAACCAAAACUUCAAGUCCUAUGCUGGAGAGAAAAUUCUGGGUCCUUUCCAUAAGCGCUUUUCCUGUAUUAUUGGGCCAAAUGGCAGUGGAAAAUCCAAUGUUAUUGAUUCUAUGCUUUUUGUGUUUGGCUAUCGAGCACAAAAAAUAAGGUCUAAAAAGCUGUCAGUAUUGAUACAUAAUUCUGAUGAACACAAGGAUAUUCAGAGUUGUACUGUAGAAGUUCAUUUUCAAAAGAUAAUUGAUAAGGAAGGGGAUGAUUAUGAAGUCAUUCCUAACAGUAACUUCUGUGUAUCUAGAACAGCCUACAGAGAUAACACUUCGGUUUAUCAUAUAAGUGGGAAAAAGAGAACAUUUAAAGAUGUUGGAAAUCUUCUUAGAAGCCAUGGAAUUGACUUGGACCAUAAUCGAUUUUUAAUCUUGCAGGGUGAAGUCGAACAGAUUGCUAUGAUGAAACCAAAAGGCCAGACUGAACAUGAUGAGGGUAUGCUUGAGUAUUUAGAAGAUAUAAUUGGCUGUGGACGGCUAAAUGAACCUAUUAAAGUCUUAUGUCGGAGAGUUGAAAUAUUAAAUGAAAACAGAGGAGAAAAGUUAAACAGAGUUAAAAUGGUGGAAAAGGAAAAGGAUGCCCUAGAAGGGGAGAAAAACAUAGCCAUUGAGUUCCUUACCCUGGAAAAUGAAAUAUUUAAAAAAAAGAAUCAUAUCUGUCAAUAUUACAUUUAUGAUCUGCAAAAAAGAAUUGCUGAAAUGAAAAUCCAAAAGGAAAAAAUUCAUGAAGAUACUAAAGAAAUUACUGAGAGGAGCAAUAUGCUUUCAAAUGAAAUGAAAGCUAAGAAUUCAGCUGUAAAGGAUAUAGAAAAGAAACUCAAUAAAGUUACAAAAUUUAUUGAAGAAAAUAAAGAAAAAUUUACACAGCUAGACUUAGAAGAUGUUCAAAUUAGGGAAAAAUUAAAACAUGCUACAAGUAAAGCCAAAAAGCUGGAGAAACAACUUCAAAAAGAUAAAGAAAAGGUCGAAGAGCUGAAAAGUAUACCUGCCAAGAGUAAGAGUAUCAUAAGUGAGACAACAACUCAAAGCAGUUCUCUUGAGAAAGACCGAGAGAAAGAAGAAAAAAAAUUAAAAGAAGUUAUGGAUAGCCUUAAACAAGAAACACAAGGGCUUCAGAAAGAAAAGGAGAGCCAAGAAAAGGAACUUAUGGGUUUUAACAAAUCAGUAAAUGAAGCACGUUCAAAGAUGGAAGUCGCUCAGUCAGAACUUGAUAUCUAUCUCAGUCGACAUAAUACAGCAGUGUCUCAGCUAAGUAAGGCAAAGGAAGCUUUAAUUACAGCUUCUGAGACUCUCAAAGAAAGGAAAGCUGCAAUUGGAGAUAUAAACACAAAGCUCCCUCAGACUCAACGAGAAUUAAAGGAGAAAGAAAAAGAACUUCAGAAACUAACACAAGAAGAAAUAAACUUGAAAAGUUUGGUUCAUGAUCUUUUCCAAAAAGUUGAAGAAGCAAAGAGUUCCUUAGCAACAAAUCGAAGUAGAGGGAAAGUACUUGAUGCAAUAAUUCAAGAAAAAAAAUCUGGCAGGAUCCCAGGAAUAUAUGGAAGAUUGGGAGACUUGGGAGCUAUUGAUGAAAAAUAUGACAUUGCUAUUUCAUCCUGUUGCCAUGCAUUAGACUACAUUGUUGUUGAUUCUAUUGAUACAGCCCAGGAAUGUGUAAACUUCCUUAAACGACAUAAUAUUGGUGUCGCAACUUUUAUAGGUUUGGAUAAGAUGGCAGUAUGGGCCAAAAAAAUGACCAAAAUUCAAACUCCUGAAAAUACUCCUCGGUUAUUUGAUUUAGUUAAAGUAAACAAUGAGGAAAUUCGCCAAGCUUUUUACUUUGCUUUACGAGAUACCUUAGUGGCUGACAACUUGGAUCAAGCUACAAGAGUAGCUUAUCAAAAAGACAGACGAUGGAGAGUAGUGACCCUGCAGGGCCAGAUAAUAGAGCAGUCAGGUACAAUGACUGGCGGUGGAAGCAAAGUAAUGCGAGGAAGAAUGGGUUCGUCAGUUAUCGUGGAAAUCUCUGAGGAAGAGGUAAAUAAGAUGGAAUCCCAGUUGGAAAGACAUUCUAAACAAGCAAUGCAAAUCCAAGAACAGAAAGUACAACAUGAAGAAGCAGUCGUUAAGUUAAGGCAUAGUGAACGAGAAAUGAGAAAUACACUAGAAAAGUUCACCGCAAGCAUCCAGGGUCUGUCAGAGCAAGAAGAGUAUUUGACUGUACAAAUUAAAGAACUGGAAACUAAUGUGCUUACUACAGCCCCUGAUAAAAAGAAACAGAAAUUGCUAGAAGAAAAUGUCAGUGCUUUCAAAAAAGAAUAUGACGCUGUGGCUGAGAAAGCUGGUAAAGUAGAAGCUGAGGUUAAGCGAUUACACGAUACCAUCAUAGAAAUCAACAACCGAAAACUCAAGGCCCAACAAACCAAACUCGAUAUGAUAAAUAAGCAGCUGGAUGAAUGUGCUUCUGCUAUUACUAAAGCCCAGGUAGCAAUCAAGACUGCUGACAGAAAUCUUAAAAAGGCACAAGAUUCUGUCUUCCGCACAGAGAAAGAGAUAAAAGACACUGAGAAAGAAACAAAUGAUUUAAAAGCAGAAUUAAAAAAUAUUGAAGACAAAGCAGAAGAAGUCAUCAAAAAUACAAAUGCCGCAGAGGAGUCAUUACCAGAAAUCCAGAAAGAACAUCGUAAUCUACUUCAGGAACUAAAAGUCAUUCAAGAAAAUGAACAUGCUCUUCAGAAAGAUGCACUUAGUGUUAAGUUGAAACUUGAGCAGAUAGAUGGCCACAUUGCUGAACAUAAUUCUAAAAUAAAAUACUGGCAAAAAGAGAUUUCAAAAAUAAAAUUGCAUCCUGUAGAAGAUAAUCCUGUUGAGACAGUGUCAGUUCUAAGCCCAGAGGAUCUUGAGGCAAUCAAGGAUCCAGGUUCUAUAACAAAUCAGAUUGCACUUUUGGAAACUCAAUGUCAUGAAAUGAAACCAAAUCUUGGUGCCAUUGCAGAGUAUAAAAAAAAGGAAGAAUUAUAUUUGCAAAGAGUAGCAGAGUUGGACAAAAUUACUUCUGAAAGAGAUAAUUUUAGACAAGCAUAUGAAGAUCUUCGAAAACAAAGACUGAAUGAAUUUAUGGCAGGUUUUUAUGUAAUAACAAAUAAAUUAAAGGAAAACUACCAGAUGCUUACUUUGGGAGGGGAUGCUGAGCUAGAGCUUGUGGAUAGUUUGGAUCCCUUUUCAGAAGGAAUCAUGUUCAGUGUUCGACCACCUAAGAAAAGUUGGAAGAAGAUCUUUAACCUUUCAGGAGGAGAGAAAACCCUUAGUUCAUUGGCCUUAGUGUUUGCUCUUCACCACUACAAACCCACUCCCCUCUACUUCAUGGAUGAGAUCGAUGCAGCCCUGGAUUUUAAAAAUGUGUCCAUUGUUGCAUUUUACAUAUAUGAACAAACAAAAAAUGCCCAGUUCAUAAUAAUUUCUCUUCGGAAUAAUAUGUUUGAGAUCUCAGAUAGACUUAUUGGAAUUUAUAAAACAUACAAUAUUACAAAAAGUGUUGCUGUGAACCCAAAAGAAAUUGCAUCUAAAGGACUUGGCUGAACUUGUAUAUAUUGAAGAGUCUUCAAAUUUACCUAGAUUUAGUAUUUCUAGGUUUCUAACUGUAAAGAAUUGUAAGGUGUAUAAAGUACCUUUUCCUUUAAGUUGUAUGACAAGUGGUUUCUGUUUUAUUAGUGAUAAUGUCUAAAAAAUUGUAUCCAGUUCUGUAUCAUAAAAAUGAGUCUAGCUGGUUUGGUCUUGAUUUUUUUUUAACAUAAUUCUUUAUUGAUUCCUUGGGAAUUUCACAUGCAAAUUCAAUCCCGCUUACCUCCCAGUCCUUCCAUAUCUGCCUCUUACCCCCUUCAGCAUAACUCCCAAAAAAUUAAAAACAAAAAUAACCAUAAUACUCCUCCAUCAUUCCAACACCUCUUCAUUCAUCCUAGUGCCAUCAGGAGCUGUGGUGUGUCAUGCAUGCCCUUUUGUCCGGUAAGCCCCAGCUGUAAAACGUUCAUUGCAAUGAGUAUUGGUCUGUUCCAAGGCCUCUGGCACACCAUCAUCACUAGACCCUCACCGAAACUCCUCUUGGACAUCCUGCUGUAAUCCUUCAGAGGGACCAGUCCCUUCACAUACUCCAGCAGGUCAAAGAUGGGGCAGAUGGGGGCCUGAGAGGCAGAGCAAGCUCUCCUAGGCCCAUGUCAACAGGGCCAACUCUCCCAUGCCUGUGGUGGGGACCAGAUCAGCAUUCCUGUGAAGGGCACGCCAAUGAGGGUGUUUUUGCUUGGCAGUGCUCAGUGUAACCCAUCUCACCUUGAUUCUCUUCUGCCAUAAUGGGCAUUACAGGUAUUCCACUAUCUCUUUUAAUAGAGCUGUAAUCCAAGGGUCAUGGAGGCAGGCCAGACCAUGCCUGAGGAUCAUGGACUACCUAUGUAGGCUAAUCCAUAAACUGAGUUCAGUGAGAACUGGGGAUUGUGGAGGUGUCAUGGGAUGACAUGAGACACAGAAGUGUAAAAGCAGAUGUUUGCAUGUGUAAAUCUUGUAGUCAGAAUGCCCCCACUACACUCAACUGUAUUGUCUAAAGAAGGUUAUGCUAGUAGAAAUAAAUUGGCAUUUUCAGAAGGAAUUUGAAUUUAAAGUCUGCCAUCACCAGGUGUGGUGGUGUAUGCCUUUUAAUCCCAGCAGUAAGAGGCCUGCAUGGUCUACCUGGUGAGUUCCUAUCUCAAACAACAAAGUAUUUGUCUUAUUAAAUUUCUAGGUGCUUAUCCUAAAGUAAUUAAUUAAAUGCCUCCUACCAUGGACCAUGAUUCAUAAUAA